CCCGGGGUGUAGCAGAAUCCAGGGUCAAUUAACUUGCACAGUAUAAAACUUCACUGCAGUUGGUGUAUCCACAACUUUAUUAGAGAUAUGUAUCACCCUAAACAUUCCAGUUAUCUUCAAUUUGGUGUUGGAUUAGAGAUUCUUGGAGAGCAUGUUUGAGGUUUCUGUGUGCCCCGAGCCCGUGGAAUCGAACAGAGAGAAUGAAGCCCUUCCCAAAGAUUGUGAAACACCUGCCGUUCGUACAAAAGUGAGGAAACCUGCAGAGCAGAAUAGAAAGUACACACGUGAGAAAUGCAUGGAAUGCAAUGGGUGCAAAGGAACCUAUCAGCAUUUAAAGAAAAAUUAUCAAGCAAGCUGGGAACAAACUCCCACAAUUAAAUCCUGCAGGGAGGGGCGACUUACAGAAAAACGAUGUAGUUCGAACAGUGGAAGGAAGCAUUCCAAGAAGACCACAGAUUAUGAUGAUGAUAGUGAUCUUCAGAUAGACAACGGGCAAUGUAAACUACACCAGGUCAGGUGUUACAGAUGUGGAAGUCGAAAGACAAAACAAAAUGGUGAAUGCUGUGGAGAAAAAAGCAGUGGAAGUAAUCGAGCCAGCAAAGAGAGAUCAUACGAGCAUUACUUUGAGUCUAGGAUAAGUGAUGUUUCCUCAAAGAACCUGCAGGAGAAGAGCAUCUUUUCAUGGAAUAGUGUGCUUCCUGAGCCCCUGAGUGGAGGUGUGUGGAUCAGGCAGAGCUCCCUCCUCCUUCCCUAUGAGUGGGAGGAUGACUGUGAGAUGAUCGACUGGGUGAUCGACCAGUAUCUUCAGGGGAAUAAUAGCAUUUCCGCCUACUACAAGGGCAAGAUUAUUCUGACCUUAAAGGAUGCUUUGGGAAUCACGCUGACAGCCGCAGAUUCAGAAGACCUGCCAAAGAGACUCCAGAGUCACGGGUUUGAAGCAAGCAUCCCGGUUAUCCCAGAGAUGUUCUGCUCGAAGAUGCCGCUGGUUGAUCGCCAGAGCCCUGAAGAACAGUGCAGGAGGGAUUCCCUGGAGAACCGAAGCUCAGGUCCCUUGCUUCCCUAUGAGACCCCUGCGGAAUUAGUCCAUAUCCGCCCCGAAACAGGGCAAUCUGAUGAAUCCCAGAGAGAAAGUGAAGAGCAGUGUUACCAAAAGAAUGUGGACAAAUGGUGCCUGGAAGCCAUAGAGAGACAAUGCCAGAAUGGCAUGCCCAGCCAAUGCCAGGACAACAUGCCCAGCCAAUGCCAGGAUGACAUGCCCAGCCAAUGCCAGAAUGGCAUGCCCAGCCAAUGCCAGGACAACAUGCCCAGCCAAUGCCAGGAUGACAUGCCCAGCCAAUGCCAGGUGGAGUAUGAGGCCAGCAUGCUCAACCAGUGCAUGGUGGACACACUCAAUCAAUGCCAGAAUGGCAUGCCCAGCCAAUGCCAGGUGGAGUAUGAGGCCAGCAUGCUCAACCAGUGCAUGGUGGACACACUCAAUCAAUGCCAGAAUGGCAUGCCCAGCCAUUGCAAAGACAUUAAGCUCAGCCAAUGCCAGGAUGACAUGCCCAGCCAAUGCCAGGACAACAUGUAUAGCCAAUGCCAGGAUGACAUGCCCAGCCAAUGCCAGGACAACAUGUACAGCCAAUGCCAGGAUGACAUGCCCAGCCAUUGCAAAGAUAUCAAGCUCAGCCAAUGCCAGGAUGACAUGCCCAGCCAAUGCCAGGUGGAGUAUGAGGCCAGCAUGCUCAACCAGUGCAUGGUGGACACACUCAAUCAAUGCCAGAAUGGCAUGCCCAGCCAUUGCAAAGACAUUAAGCUCAGCCAAUGCCAGGAUGACAUGCCCAGCCAAUGCCAGGACAACAUGUAUAGCCAAUGCCAGGAUGACAUGCCCAGCCAAUGCCAGGACAACAUGUACAGCCAAUGCCAGGAUGACAUGCCCAGCCAUUGCAAAGAUAUCAAGCUCAGCCAAUGCCAGGAUGACAUGCCCAGCCAAUGCCAGGACAACAUGUACAGCCAAUGCCAGGAUGACAUGCCCAGCCAUUGCAAAGAUAUCAAGCUCAGCCAAUGCCAGGAUGACAUGCCCAGCCAAUGCCAGGACAACAUGUACAGCCAAUGCCAGGAUGACAUGCCCAGCCAUUGCAAAGAUAUCAAGCUCAGCCAAUGCCAGGAUGACAUGCCCAGCCGAUGCCAGGACAACAUGUAUAGCCAAUGCCAGGAUGACAUGCCCAGCCAAUGCCAGGACAACAUGUACAGCCAAUGCCAGGAUGACAUGCCCAGCCAAUGGCAGGAUGAUGUGGACAGCCAAUGCCAGGUGGAAGACGAGGCCAGCAUGCUCAACCAGUGCAUGGUGGACACACUCAAUCAAUGCCAGAAUGGCAUGCCCAGCCAUUGCCAGGACAUCAAGCUCAGCCAAUGCCAGGACAGCAAGCCCAGACAAUGCCAGGAUGAAAUGCCCAACCAAUGCCAGGACAAUAUGAUCAGCCAAUGUCAGGAUGGUAUAACCAGACUCUGCUGGUAUGGCAUGCCCAGUCAAUCACACGAGGAUGUGCCUAGCCAAUGCCAGGAUUACACACCCCAUCAAUGCCAGGAUUUCACGCCCCACCAAUGCCAGGACAACAUGUAUAGCCAAUGCCAGGAUUACAUGCCCUGCCAAUGCCAGGAUUACACGCCCCGGCAAUGCCAGGAUUUCACGCCCCACCAAUGCCAGGAUUACACACCUCGCCAAUGCCAGGAGGAUGCAGACAAACAGUGCCAUUUCAACAUGCCCAACCAUUGCCAGGAAGACAUGGACAGACAAUGAUCAGGGAGAAAGAAUCCUCAAGAUCUUUUCCGUAUGAAGAUGAACACGACAGCACCCUCAUUCCAUGCGUUAAAUUGAAAGUCUGUAGUGAAUGGGCUGUUGUAAUUGCCUUGUUUGCAAGUUGAACGAGGAACCUGGUGGAAAUUAAAAUACCUUUGCAGCCUUUGGUUAUUAUUCGUUAAGGAAAUGUAUCUGUUU